CCCUUUAUACGCGAUAUGGCGAAAAAGACUGAUUCAACGAAAUAUGCCAUGCCAGCAUUAAGAUUUAAAACGUGUCGUCUACUUCCAGGAAAUGUUCGGAACAGAGAACUUUCUCUAAUCCAACGCCGUAUUCUCCAAAGAUUGAGGAACAAGAGGAGAUCCAUUAAAAGAAAUCUUUCUCGGAGAGAAAAUCUAAACGGUAACAUCAAAUCACAAACUACACGAAAGUUGUCUCUAUAUUAUGGGGAUUUACCCAUAAGGGAGAUGCACAGAGGAAGAGAACGAACUUCAUAUAUCCCUUUUUUACUCAAUCAAGAAACAAGAUCGGACGUGAUUCCGGUUCGUCUCCAUUUUAGUGACACUCUUCCUCAAGCAAGGCAGCCGAUAAGUCAUCGAAGGGUUUGUUUGAAUAAUGGAAUGGUAACCAUUACUCAUUUGAAAGUUUCCCACGGUGAUCUAAUAUCUUUUAAAGAAAAUGACGCGAGAACCCGCGGUUUUGAAAUAAGGAGAUCUUUCUAUAUCGACAUAUCAGUUGGAAAAAUCAUAGGCAAAUUCCUAUCGGCCAUAUCAGUUGGAAAAAGAAGAGGCAAAUUCCUACCGGCCAGAAUCUGGAGAAGAACAAAAAAAGAAUGGUUCCGCUUACUCACAACUCAGAGGGGAUGCCGCUUACUACUCAAAUCCAAGGAAUUGCAAAAGUUGCGUUCUUAUAUGCAAGAAGAAGACUUUGAAAGAACAAAGAAGUUUGGAUCCGCAAAAGUAUGCUUAGGCAGUUCCUUCGCUGAGCACAACAGAAUGAAGAGGAAUUUGUUUCAUUUCAAAUACUUCUUCUUAUUGAAAAGAGGGAAGGAGAAAAACCGAAAUCUUCCUACUCGAACAAUAAGUCCUUUUGUAGAAAAGUCUUCUUUAUAUAGUAAUUCGACCUAUUGCUCCGGAUCCCCGUUUACUAGGAAGAUAAGAAUCAAAAGGAUCGAACUACCUACUCAUUAUUCGGAGGUGAAUCAUAGAACACUAAAAGCUGUGGUAUCUUAUGGACCUAACAUAGGUCACAUCCCUCACGACAUAAGAUUGAAAGAUCCAAACCUUCCUCUUCGGAGCGGAAACGGACGUGGCCAAAACAUAUAAAAAAAGAUCGGCCUAGUCGCUCAUAGGGACAUAUCUAUCCGGAUAGAGGAUAGUCUAGAUCAAUUUUGAGAAAAAUCUCUCUCUAUAUAGAUAGGUAUCUCUGUGGAUAGAGAUAAAGAUAGGGAUCCCUAUAAAUCGAAAUAUAUGGAAAAAGUGCACUUUUUGACUACUACUACUAUUUCUUAGACUUUUUCAAGGAAACAUCGUUUUUUCGAUUUUGACUGAAUUGGUCGGAGCGUAGACGAGCAAGCAGAGCCCAGGAAAGAGGUCAGAUCGUCAUAGAGCAGUCGACUAUAAGUAUAAGACUGCUGGCCUGAGAGAAGGCAGUCUCUCUCGGGAAACAUGGCCCAAUUUCUCUUCUUUCUUUUCACACGGGCAACAA